GACGUAUUGUUUAUAUAAUCUCAGACCGCAGUUUUCACUUCGCGGUCUCUACCCAUAGACAGAACUAUCAAGAGUAUCUUGAGUAUUUGGAAUAAUUUAAUACAAGACAUAAAUUCAACAUGUAUCUUAAGAUGAUUGUCUCUGUUUUCGCGGUGAUCUUGGCCGUGGCGAGCUCCGCGAUGGUUGGAGCCCCUGUUGAUGCGGACAUGAAUGAUGAAGGCGUUCAGAAUGCGUUACAGUUCGCAGUGGUCCAGUACAACAGAAAAAGCAAUGAUGCGUAUGUGCGUCAGGUUUCCGAAGUCAUCAGUGCCCAAAGACAAGUUGUCUCAGGCCUGAAGUACAUCUUCACUGUGAACAUGGCCAGAACCAGUUGCAGAAAGGGUGGAAUCGAGACCCUUUGCACAGUUCAUAAGGACCCUGCUGUUGCACAGGUCAUUAAAUGCAAUAUAGUGGUCUGGAGCCAGCCUUGGAUGAACUCAAUUAAGGUCCUAGAAAAUACUUGUCAAUAGAGGACAUGCUGCCAAUGCAGUUUGGGGAUUUUCAUCAUUCAUGCAGCAAUAAAAUUGACUUGCUUUUGAGAUAUGUAUAUCUUAAUAAUUUACAAUACUAGAAUUGUAUUUGUCCUGAUAACAUUUGAAGUCAACGACAAAUCAUGAAAUAAGAAUGCUUCACACUAACAUGUAACCAUGCAUUUCAUUAGACUCUUUCAAAUGAAAAAGCUAGUUUUUAUGAAUUUCUAAAACAUAAAUGGCACUUUUAUAUAUUUGUUCAUUCUUUACUAUUAAAACAUGGUUGAUUG